AUGGGAUCGAAAAAGAAAUCAAAUAUUCCUUUAGCACAGUCAAGGCAGGAUAUUUUGCAGGAAUCUUCAAAUAAUAUGGAAUUGGAUGCACACAACAAUGACUGUAGCAACAGUGAUAACAAUGGAAACAAUGACAAGAGUAACCCGAAAGAGAGUAAAAGCAUGCUAAACAAUAUGAUAAAUAUAAAGGGGUAUUAUAUGCCAUCGACUUUAGAUGAACUGUUAAAAAAAAAAGAAAUACGAGUAUCUUCAGAACAAAAUACGCCUUUUAACAUAAAUAGAAAUAUUAUAUUAUUUCUAUAUUUUACAUUAAUUGUGCUAACAAAUCGUUUGUUUUUUGGUUGGCCCAAUUUAUCAAAUUUAUUAUUUCGUGAAGAAGCUUAUAUAUGGAAAUGUACCAAAAAUCCAAGCGGAGGAUAUGAUAAAGUGGAUGACAAAAGAUAUGUAUGUGAGGAUCAAGACAAAGCUGUGCAGACGAUAUUUGUAUUUGGUUCUUCUGCAUAUUUUGCCUUUUCCUUUUUCAAUGGCAUAAUAGUAGAUUAUUUGGGCUCAAGGUUUAGUAUGUUAUUAGGACAUAUUUUAAAUUUGGUUGGAUGGAUAUUAAUGAUUAUGUCCAAUGAACAUUUUGAUGCAUAUGUAGUAGCAGGGGUAUUUAUGGCUGCUAGUAUCGAUCUAGGCUCCUUUUCGACAUUAAAUGCUUCAGGGUUAUAUCCAGGAAAUGAAAAUUUAAUAGUUAAUAUAAUAUCGGGUGCUGGAUCUUUAUCAGCAGGUACAAUGACAGUUUUAGAUUUAUUAAUAACAGGACUUGAUCUAAAUUUUAGGACAUUUAUGCUUUGUUAUAUGUGCAUUAGUGUUGGAUUUUUUUUUAUUUUAACGCUAUUUUUAUUCCCCCCUAAUAGAUAUUAUAGACAAUAUGAAUUUGACAAUUACUAUAGUAAUAGAGAGAUAAAUUUAAAAGAUAAGGAUGAGAUGGAAAUAAUGAAAAAUUAUAGUAAUGGUAAUAAUAAUUUAUCAAAUCCGAAUAAAAAGGAUUCAUUAAAAAUUGAACAAAAAAAUAGUGUAGGUUCACAAAUAGCUAUACAAAAUAGUAAUAAGAAUAUUGACCCAAAUGAGGAGAAUAAAAAAGAAGAAUAUGCAAGUACAAAUAAUAGCGGUUUAUCUACAAAAAAAAAAUUGAAUAUGUUUAAUUCAACAAGUUUUAAGGAUUUAUUUAAAAUAUGUACAUGUGCUCAUUUUUUAUGUUUGUGGAUAUAUGGCCCUCUAAAUGCAAUAUAUAAUACUUUUUAUUUUAGUGUUGUCGAAAAUAUUUUGUCAAAGGAUAAAAAUGAUUUAUUGGGAUAUAUACUUCCAUUCUCUUUUAUCCCAUGUGUUAUUUUAGGAAAUAUAUCCGAUAAGUAUGGUGUUAUGGUUAUGUUUUCAUAUGAAUUAAUUUUUGCUCUAUUUAUGUAUCUUUUUAGUUAUUUGAGAUCAAAUGUGGCUCAAUGGAUAUCUGUUAUUUCGAAUGCAAUGUAUUCAGCAUGUGCCAAUGGUCAGUUAUGGACUUUUAUCUCUUUUACAUUUAGCUCGAAAUAUCACUCAACCCUUAUAGGAUUAUUAAACUUCGUUUGUGGAAUUGUUUCUUUUGUUCGUUUACUAUUGUUCGAAUGGGCUAAAUAUACAAAAUAUGACUUUACAUAUAUUAACUUGCUUAUUAUAGGACUUAUUGGAAUCAAUAUUGGAAUUACAGUCGUACUUAUGAUAAUUAGAAGAGUCAAAGGAGAAAAAGUUAAUUAUGGGGAUGAAGGUUCGUCCGAGUAG